AAGAAAUAAAAAGUGAAAGCAAUUUCAAGCCAUUCGCAUACACUUGUGCAUGGGAAUUCAUUCCAUUCCGUUUCGGGAGAGCAACUAAACUAGUCGCAACCGUUUACAAAGAUUCGGAGUACACAGUAACUUUGCUGUGUUCGUGCAGUCAAAACAUUAUAAAAUUGAGAGCAUAGUAAUAUAAAUAUCGAUUACUAGCGCCGACAAACGAUAUGCAGUGACAUUGCUAAGCAUCAAAAAUUAAUAGACGCGAUACUCGGUGUACAAAAAAAUUCUAUCCGAUGCGAGUACCGUUGGCUGUUCAUUUUCUCCGCCAAUGAGUCGUGUUUCCAAGUGCGAUUUAUAUUCACACAAAAUUUUUCCUUUUAAACGUUUUAUGUUUACAUUUUUGUGAUAUCUUAAUCGGUUGAGUUCUCAAAUAAAAAGAAAAAAAAAACAAAUCACACGUUAUCAUCUCUCAUUAUACACUCAUUAAAUCACUAUUUAGUUAGCCAAUUGCGUCGAAAUUUUCCGUAUUUGACUAAACGCAUUGGGAACUAGAAGAAUCGUCUAUUAUCGCGUGUGUCACCGAUUGAGUGUGUUGUGUAUAAUUUUUCUUGUGGUUGUUGCUAACAAAUAGUUCAAUCAAUUGAAAAGUUUUAAUUUUUUUAAUAAUAAUCAAAAAAUGGAUCAAGCAUCGAAUGAAAUCCGUUCAACAUUGUUCACAUCAAUUAAGUCACCGAUUGAAACAUUAAAUCUCACCAAAUCAUUCAAUGUACCCGUUACCACCGAUAAAAUCUCAACAUACGAGCAAGUCGCUGCGACGGAUAUACAUACCGUACAUGAUAUCGACAGUCUUCUGGGAUACGGAGAUUUAUCGGAUGCAGUUACACAAACAAUGCUAUGUGCAAUAGCAGUGGGGUCGAUGCUUUUGAUUGUUAUUUGGUACUUAUUUAUUCGCCAAAUACCGUUCAUUCUGCGGCACACGCCAACCAAAUACUUGGCAAGAACGUUGAUAUUGUGUGGCAUUUACUCAAUUGUCGGUUCGGCCGCUUUGGUGUCAUUAAUUGCGUAUCGAGCGUUCGUGUUUUGUGAUUCGGUGUGCCAUUUCGCCUUCUUAUUGUGUGCCUAUCAAUAUUUUGCGCUGGUCAUCGAGUAUGCUGGCGGUGAAUCGAAUUUCAUCAAAAACACAAACGGCAUAUUAUGUUUCAACAUACGAACGCCACCGUUUUGCUGCUGUCUACGCUUUCUGUUACCAUCCCCUAUUACGAAGGAUAAGUUCAAGUUUUUACGGCUAAUGGUACUGCAAAUGCCCAUUGUACAGGGACUUCUACUAGCACUAUUAAACGUACUCAACUCAAUUGACACAACGUUAUACGAGCAAGUACAGCCGUUUAUUACGAUAUUCAUUGUUGCAUCAAUUCUGAGUGGUGUGUGGUCACUUCAAAUAAAUUCACGCAUGAUUGCCGCUCAUUUGCCGGAGCACAAAAUUAUGCACAAAUACUUUGCUAUUCAACUAGUGUUGAUUUUAUAUAAACUGCAACCGCUACUGAUACACACAUUCUGUUACGGCGUCGAAAUGUUGGCUGGUUAUCGCAUCAACACCAAAGUGAUUGAAAAUGCCGUGAUUCAACUGAUUAUUCUACUGGAAACUACGAUCUUAUCUUAUUUUGCUAAUCAGGUGUACAGUGUGCCGACCAAAGCAAUAGAACCAAAUUAACCAAAUCACUUACAUAGUGCCUAAUGUGUGUUAAGCGUGGGAACAAGAUACAUAUUUAUUGUAAAUUUUUCUUAGGGCCAUUCAAAAUUGUUUCCACAUUUUACUUAAAUUUUCAUUAUAAUAAUUGAGAUUAUUUCUUAUUUGUACUUCAGACAAUUACAAAUGAAUACGUACAAAAUGCUAUACCGAAGAGAAAAAAAAUUUGUUUCCAUUUUCAAAUAGUUUGCCGAUUUUUAGGUUGGUGUGAUGGUCGAUGAACAGUUGGCACCACUGAGUCAGCUGUUGACGAUGACAGUGUGUGCACGCGUGUGUGAGUGUGGAAAUGAGCGAAAGGGAGAAAUGUAUUGUUGGCCGUCGCGUUGUUUGACAUAUUGAACAAAACUGUCAGUUCAAUCAGAACACACAAAAACUACAGCAUAAAACAUGGGAAUGAUAGACAUUAGGAUCGCACGACACUGAUUCCAAACGGAGUGCAAUCAGUUCUCAUUUUUUCAUCUGUUCAGUGUGUAGUUGAUGAUGAAUUGGUGUUGAAAUGUGUGUGUCUGGUUGUCUUGGUUGCUUUUGUUAUUUAAUUCGACGUCAAUUUUUCAAUUCAACGCCAUCAACCGAAUCAGUUCGUGUUUAAGUGUUGGCGGCGGUGUGGAAAGGUUGAAUAUAUAUAAAAUCCAGAGUGAAGAAGUAACCUUGCAGACUCAGGAUUCAACAAAAAGAUCUGUUUUAUUAUUUAUUCUGUCUAAAAAAUGCUCAUCCACGCAAACAAAGUGGGAGUAGUUUGUGUAUAAUUGCCAAAAAAAAAAAAAUUGUGUCGCACAUUCAUUCGUCCAGAUCACACCACCACCGAUCUCGUUCACAUGCAAUGCAUUGCAAAUCAAUUCACAUCAAUCAACAAAGCC